AUGGGUUUUGUCACAAGAAGAUGGUUCUACCUACCACUGGGCUGCAUGAUGCUAAUCAACCUGAUUAAUGCUGAUUUUGAAUUUCAAAAGGGGGUGCUUGCUAGCAUCAGCCCAGGCAUCACAAAAGAUAUUGAUUUCCAGUGUUGGAAUGCUUGCUCUUUGACCAUGAUAGAUCUCAAGGAACUCAAGAUACAGCACAAUGUGGAUGUUUUCUGGAAUUUCAUGUUGUUCUUGCAAAAAUCCCAGCGGCCUAGACAUUAUAAUGUCUUCUUAAGUAUAGCUCAGGAUUUCUGGGACAUGUAUGUAGACUGCUUGCUUUCACGAUCUCAUGGAAUGGGCAGAAGACAGGUGAUGCCUCCCAAGUAUGAUUUUCCACAGAAGAUAACAGGAGGUAAUUUAAAUGUGUAUUUAAGAGAACAGCAGUUUAGUGUUCUUAAAAAUUAA